GAUGUGUAUAUUUGUAAGUGACAUUUUCAAUUUCUAUGUUGUAGGACUUCUGCAAGGACUUCCCUUGAUGUACAAUUUUACUUUAGAUGUUGAAGCAAAAUGCAGAAUUAGUGUCUGACCGAGGCUGUUUUCCUUUGGUGAAUAAAAGAGUUCAAUGAAACCGCAGCCCUCGUGAGUCGUGUCAGUGUUGUGGUCGUCGGCGCGAACCCUUUCAAUGGUGUCAGAAGUGGGAUCAUCAGCAACAAGGGACCAUCUGGUGCGGGCUCUGCAGAUAUCGGACUUAGAAGAAAUCUUGAGAACUUACAUUGUACGUGGUCUUAUCCUGGUGUCAUCGUGCACAACGUAAAAUUGAAAUGACUUUAGACUGGUUCUAAACAGCCUCGGUCAGACUGUAUGUAAUGGACAACAUAUGCUUUUUUUACUGAUUUUUGCAGUGAUUGUAUUGUGGUUUCGCUAUUCUGUAUGCAAAAUUCUUUUUAUGUUCCAAAUUGAAAUCUAGGAUCAUGGAAACCAGUUCGAGUUCAUCAUCAGCUACAACUGAGAGUAUGGAUGUUUUGUCCCAAUUCUUCCGCCGUUCCAUUGGAUUACAGAGUAUAUUACAGAGCAACUUACCAAAAUUCCGAGGGAUGCCACAUCAUGCGGAUGAUAUGUCCUUGUCAGAAUGGCUUGAAGAAUUUAAUGGAGUAACUGCUAACCAAAAUAUGGAAAUGAGUAGCAAAGCUCGACUGUUGCUAGAUCACCUUUCAGGACCAGCACGAGAGGAAAUAAUGUGUCUCAGUGAAUCAAAGAGACAGGAUUUUGAUGAAAUAGUAAGUCGUCUGAAAUUGUGCUUUGGCUAUCAGGAAACCACACAGACCCUCAGUAGUCAGUUUCAUAAUCGCAUACAGAGAGAUGGAGAAUCACUUUGUGACUUCAGCCGUGCCCUGAUUCGCACCUACAACAAGAUGGAAAAAGCUGCCACUACACAAGCUCAAGGAGAAGCUUUAAGUCAGUUGAAAAACAAGACCUUAAGUGAUCAAUUUGUCAAUGGUGCCCGGGAGGCUUGGGUGAGGAGAGAGUUGAGGCGAAUACAGAUGAUGCAUGAAAUCGAUGGAUUUGCCAAGAUUCGUGAGGAAGCCCUCAAACUCUUUCAGGAGACUGCCACCACUCAGAGGCCCAGAGUGCGAGAAGCAGAUAUUGAAGUUGGAAGGGCAGUCAUGAAAGAUUCCAUGCUUGUGCAACAGGUAGUAGAACAACAGAAAGCUAUAAUGACGGAGUUGGAGCAACUUAGGGGAGAAGUCGCCAAGCUGAAAGGAGGAAAACCUCAGAGGAAGAGGACUGAUGGACGAUGCUUCAGCUGUGGCCAUAAAGGACAUCUACGACGUGACUGCCCCAACAUACCCACCGGUUCCCCUGCACAUGAAUAUAAUUACUCUGCUGGCAACUGGCAUCAGGAGAAUCAAAGCUUCCCCACUUGGAGCACGGAAUCAGGUACCAUGCAGAAUCAUGGCAGUUUCAACAGGCCAACAGUCUUCCAGUCCUCAUCACAAGGAGCUGCCAGUAUUCCUCACCAACAUAUCGCAUCCCAGGAGGAAAACUAGACCC